GCCAUUCACAAAAUAUCACGGUGUGGAGAGCCAGCGCGUCCGGACACGAGCAGCCCGCGGACCCCUUCACCGGACAGCCGUACUUUCUUCUCUCGCCUUUCUCUGGAUGCUCUAAUGGUCAGCAGUGGCGACUGCAGAGGAGCAGCUUUGAACUCGGCUUUAUUGCGAGCUUCUCCACUGAGCCAGGGGUGCAUUUGCUUUUGCAGCGUUGAGGCUGGGACAGUGUUGGAGUGACGAUGCGACUGCAGGCCCUAGUGUGGCGACUCCUCCUGCUCCCCCUCUUGGUACUUCCUUGUAAUAUCUGCAGUGCAUGUCCAAAAGCCUGCACAUGCUAUAUUCCACAGUCCAUCUUCUGCAUCCAGCGACGCUCUUCCUCUAUACCCCUCAAUCUCCCUGCCUCCACAAAAGACCUUUAUGUGUUCCAGAAUGGUAUAACAUCCCUGCGACGUCAAGACUUCCUCGGUCUGGUUGAACUGCAGAUGCUAGACCUCAGCCAGAAUGCUCUCACGGAGAUUCCUGAUGGAGUUUUCAGGUCCCUUACUUCUCUACACAACCUAGACCUAUCUUCAAACUACAUUACCCACCUCUCCAAGGACAGCUUUGCUGGGCUGGUAAACCUAGAGAGGUUGUACCUCCACAGCAACCUCAUCCAGAGCAUCCACCCAGCUGCAUUUAAGAACCUAGAGUACCUGCUGGAACUGAAGCUGCAGGGGAAUAAGAUAAGCAUACUUCCUGCUCUCCAUCUACCCAAAUUGCUUCUUUUGGACAUUAGCUACAACAGCAUCCCUGCUCCUGGAUCAGCGGACCUCCAGACACCACACUUGGAGUCACUGAAGAUGGCUGGACUGGGACUGACCACCUUGGAUGAAGGAUUAAUGAGAAGUUUAGGGAACCUGCACGAUCUGGAUGUGUCUAUCAACAAGCUAUCUCGGAUUCCACUUUCUCUAAGAUCAGUGAAGGGGUUGAUCCGCCUUAACCUGUCUUCUAACUCUCUAGGUCUGCUCAGGCAAGAAGAUUUCCAGAACUUGGUGGGAUUGCAGGAACUGGACAUAAGUAAUCUGAAUCUUCAAGGGUUCCCUGUAGGCUUUUUCCAGAUGUUCCCCAGAUUGCACCAUCUCACAGCUGCUGAAAACCCCUUUAAUUGUCUGUGUCCACUGGCCUGGUUUUCCAGUUGGCUGAAAGAAAAGAAAGUUGAGCUUGGCCGGAAGGACGUGACACGCUGCCACUUUCCUCCCUUAAAUUCAGGCAGAAUGCUGGCUGAGCUGGAAAACAAGGACUUUGGCUGCCCCACAACCACCACUGAACUGUCUGACGUACUUACCAUCAGCAGCACACACAAACCUCCAGAUCCCACAACUGCUUUGGGAACCACCCAUGCCUUCCCUCCUCUUCCUCCCAGUGAUGAGCCAUCAGUUGAGACAGACUCCCAUCUGUCUCCCGAGGCAACUGCCUCGCCCAGAAGCCACGAAGAACAUGAAGAACACAUGUGCCCUCCAAACAUCUGCCUGAAUGGGGGCAUAUGUAGAUUUGAUCAGCAGGGACAAGUGGACUGUCUAUGUCAACCAGGUAGAUCUGGAACAUACUGUGAGGACUGGGAUGAACCCCAGCCUCCACCAUUAUCUCCAAAGAAUGAUGUGGUUCCUACAGUUUCUAUGUUAGACAGCAUCAGCUCCCAUCAUGUAACCAGCACCUCCAUCACACUGGACCUGCACCGUUACAUUGAAUCACGGCCACACAUCCGUGGAAUUCGCUUGGUUUACCGGAACCUGUCUGGACCAGACCGCAGACCACUACAGCUCAAUGUGCCUCCUACCUACCCAGAGUAUACACUGAGAGGACUACAUCCCAACUGCACGUAUUCUGUGUGUGCCAGUCCACUGGGUGAGCCUGCAGAACAUACCAAGAGCUCCUGCAUGGAGACUCAAACUGCCGGGAUCUUAACCUCCUCUCACCAACCUAGUGUGAAUAAGAGUGAACCUUCUUCUACUCUUGUGCCCAUACUUGUAGCAGUGGCUGUUGUCAUGGCAGUAGCCAUAAUUGCAGCAGUGGUGGUGGUUUCACGGAGGAGAAGGGUCAAAAGCCCUGCAGAUAUGGAUCUAGAUGAGCCAGCUCCUUUUGAGUUAGAAGGAGUGAAGACAUGCCUGGAGAACGGGGCAACACCUAAAAAACACCCUGAGAUCAUGCCCUGCCCUCCAGUAUCUCAAAACGGCAUGGAGUAUGAGAUCCCGCUGAUCCAACAGCAGUUCAUAGCCAACAACAACACAGAUGGCAGGAUACCCUCAUAUAUUAAAAUGCAAAAAUAUGCUGCUCAGACCUCCAGCCCCUAGGGGCAAUGUCCUCCAUUACCCCUGCAGGCGGGCGAAGUGUAGACACUGCACUUUUUGGUGGACAGAUGAGCAGUUUGCAUCAUUGUUGGUCAAGUAUGAUUGUUAAAACUGACUUUUGUAAGUAUUUUAACCAAGUGCAAUUGCCAAUUUAAGGUAUUCAACAUUGCUGAAUCAAAAGUGCCUUUUUGCAUGUUAAAAACAGCAAGCUUCGACUGCAUAGCUCUCCAAUACAGCUAGAAGCGACAAGUGUUGCUGGACAGGAGAACACACUGUUUUCAUGAAAUCCAUGUACCGAGUGAUGCUGGUGCUGAGACAAAGAGGAAAGCAUGGCAGACAAGGGUAGGAUGGGAAUCUGAAAGACUUUAAACAUACCUACCUUUUGACUGCAGACUUGUCCAGAGCUGAGGUUAAAGAUCGAUGUGAAUCUUUUGUUCUGUUUUGACAUAGAGAAAAGGACCAGUACUCUUUGACUUCAUAGAAAAAUGGGAUUGACUGAUUUUUCAAAAGGAUGUACGAGGGCAUCUCUUUUUCUCUAGGAAAACGAGCACUGAAUAAGAUCUGUGACUGUGUCUGCUCCUCUGAGAAACUGCACUGAUUUGAGUUUAGACUCUGUGACAGAGUCCUUCGAAAGGCCUAAAGAAGAGAUCCUGGACAAGUUCUUCAGAUAUCCUUCCUUCAAGCUGCAGCUUUAAAAUGCCCCUUAACACUUAAGUCCUUUUCUAGAGAUUUGCUGUGAAAUACAAAACUUACCAUGAAGAGACUGUUUACCCUUUUGCAUAGUUUGUGUUGUGUAUGUGAAGGUUUUCUUUUUUGAGCUGAUAUUUUAUUUUUCUAAGGUUUUGUAUCUUAAAAACCGCUGAUAUUGUUAGCAGUGCCAUCAUUGUUUCUCUUGCAUUGUAAUUGCAUGACUAGCAAGCAUCUUCCAUCCACCUAGAGAGGCUGGUUUGUAGUGCAUCCUCUGACAAGUCAUUGAUUGCAGUGACAGUUACCAUUGUCAUUUUUCAUAAUGGCAUUUAGCUUAAUACUAUUACAGCAGAUAUUGAAAGGAGUGCUGCUGAAGUUAAUGUGUUAAUACUAAAUUAACAACAUGUUAACCCUUUAAUUGUUAAUGGUGCUAAUUUCUUUUUUAACACCAUUAUCAAAUUAUCCUAGUUUAAUCCUGCAAGCCAUCCAUAGUAGUGCUAACUAAUGCCCAGCUGCUCGCGUACUGUUGUUAUAGCUCCACGAUUGUAUCUCUCAGAUUCAAAUACAACUUUUAAAUUAAAGUUCCAGUGCUAGUCCCCUUGCUAAAUGUUAUUUCCAGCUACUGCCAUGGUGAAUUUUGCCAUAGAUAGAGUCUGAAAUAUCAUUUACAAGCUGCUGUUGAUUCCAAUAUCAGUAAUUCAGCAGUACCUGAGAAAUCAACAAGCAGCAAACUAACAAAAGCAACAGCAAAGUGGAAAGCUCCAGUUUCCUCCACCGUAAGAACAAGAGUUGGAACCAUUCAUUGUGUAUAUAUAUAU